UAUGGAUGUGGAGUAGGUGGGUGGUUCUAAGACAUUUGACUGUAUUUGGACUUGGUGUCGAUUGCAGAUGUAAGUGUUUGUCGUUCUUCUUUUCUUCCCCUGGCUGUGCUCGCACCAGAGCUCGUUGGCAGAAGGCUCUUUUCCUCGCAGAGCCCGCACCAGGAUGGGAGCUCUCCCGGCGCAGGGGCUGUUGUGGAUGUGUGUUUUGACCUCUGCUGGGAUAGCAGAAGUUUGCGCCUCAAACGUCUGCACGUCCAGAGGAGCCAGCACGUGCAAGCAGUGCCUGGCUGUGCACCCCAGCUGUGCGUGGUGCCUCCAGGAGGACUUUGGCCAGGGAGUUGCCAGCUCUUCCCGCUGUGACCUGAAGAGCAACCUGGUGGCAGCGGGCUGUGCUCUGUCAGCGGUGGAGUCUCCAACCAGCAAAAUGCAAGUGAUCGAGGACCGGCCCCUCAGCAACAAGGCAGCGGGGGCCACACAAGAUGUCACUCAGAUUAAGCCGCAGAGACUCCACAUCACCCUCAGGCCAGAUGAUGCCAAGCGCUUCACAGUGAAGGUGCGCCAGGUAGAGGAUUACCCUGUGGAUCUCUACUACCUCAUGGACCUCUCCUACUCCAUGAAUGAUGACCUCUUCCGCCUGAGGACGCUGGGCAAAGGCCUGGCCGAGGCCAUGAACCGCACCACCAGCAACCUCCGCAUGGGCUUCGGGGCUUUUGUGGACAAGCCGAUCUCGCCUUACAUGUACAUCUCCCCCAAAGAGGCUGUGAAGAACCCCUGCUACAGCAUUAACACCACCUGUCUGCCCCAGUUUGGCUACAAGCACGUUCUGUCUCUGACGGAAGAAGUGGGCCGCUUCACAGAGGAAGUGAAGAAGCAGAUGGUGUCCAGGAACCGAGACGCCCCGGAGGGAGGCUUCGACGCCAUCAUCCAGGCUGCUGUGUGCAAGGAGCAGAUCGGCUGGCGUGCGGGCGCUUCCCAUCUCCUGAUCUUCACCUCGGAUGCGAAGACUCACGUGGCUCUGGAUGGUCGUCUGGCAGGAAUCGUACGACCCAAUGACGGGCAGUGCCACCUGAACUCUGACAAUAUUUACAGCAUGUCAACCACCAUGGAUUACCCAUCUCUCGCUCUAAUCACAGAGAAGAUGUCGGAGAACAAUAUCAACCUCAUCUUUGCUGUCACCAAUCCUGUGGUUCGUCUGUACCAGAAUUACAGCGAGCUGAUUCCUGGCACCACAGUGGGAACACUGUCCAACGACUCAGGCAACGUGAUUCAGCUCAUACUGAAGGCCUACGCUAAAAUCCGUUCCAAGGUGGAGCUGGAGCUACAAGGCGUCCCAGAGGAGCUGUCCCUGUCCUUCAACGCCACCUGUCUGAAUGGGGAGCUAAUCCAGGGCCUCAAGUCCUGCUCGGGGCUCAAAAUAGGAGAUACGGUGUCUUUCAGUGUGGAGGCCCGAGCUCGCGGUUGCCCCAAACAGAAGAAGAAAACCUUCAUCAUCAAACCUGUGGGCUUCAAGGACUCGCUCUCCAUCACUGUCACCUUCGAGUGCGACUGCAAGUGCCAGGCCAAAGCCCAGCCCAACAGCCCCAAAUGUAACCACGGCAACGGCACCUUUGAGUGUGGCAUCUGCCUGUGCCACCCGGGUCGCCUGGGGCCACACUGUGAGUGUGCGGAGGGCGACUAUAGUCCCACAGAGCAAGACCGCUGCAGUGGGCCCACAGGCUCUGGAGGGCCCCACUCUGCCGUUUGCAGCGGCCGUGGAGACUGUGUGUGCGGCCAGUGCGUGUGCCACAGCAGUGACUUUGGGAAAGUCUGGGGAAAGCUGUGCGAGUGUGACGACUUCAACUGUCUGCGCUACAAGGGGGAACUCUGUUCCGGCCAUGGUGUCUGUAACUGUGGUUUCUGCCAGUGUGCACCGGACUGGCAGGGCGAGAACUGUAACUGCUCCAGACGUACUGACACCUGCAUGUCCCACCUGGGUCUGCUGUGCAGUGGGAGGGGCCAGUGUGUGUGUGGGGCCUGUGAGUGCACCCAGCCCGGUGCGUACGGGGCCACGUGUGACAAGUGCCCCACCUGCCCUGACGCCUGUACCAUGAAGAAGGAGUGUGUGGAGUGUAAGCACUUCAAGAGGGGCAGGCUGUUUGACGACAACACCUGCUCUCGAAUCUGCAAGGAUGAGAUUGUGCUUGUGGAUGAAAUAGUGCUCCAUGAUACGAAUGCUGUGAACUGUACUUACAAAGAUGAGGAUGACUGCGUGGAGCGUUUCCAGUACUAUGAAGACGCCAGUGGCAAGUCCAUUUUGUUCGUCAUCAAAGAGCCAGACUGCCCCAAGGGUCCAGACAUUUUGGUGUUGCUUCUGUCGGUGGCAGGGGCCAUCUUGUUCCUUGGCCUGGCGGCUCUGCUUAUCUGGAAACUGCUGGUCACCAUCCAUGACAGACGGGAGUUCGCCAGAUUUGAGGAAGAACGCGCUCGCGCCAAGUGGGACACGGGACACAAUCCGCUCUACAAAGGAGCCACAUCUACCUUCACAAACAUCACAUACAGGGGAAAAGACUGAUGCUACUGAACAAGGAUGAAGAACAAAGGACGGAACGAUUGGGAUUUGUGGGAAGGCACCGAAUCAUGUGCAGGCCUCUACUGUCACAGGACAAUAAUUAAUAAUUAUUUGUGUUUGUAAAUAUGUAGAAAUGAUUCUGAGGACACAUUUUUAUCAGGGAUUUGUCAUAAACAUCCACUUAUACUACACUGAUAAGUAAGAUAUUGUUUUGUGUGUAUGACAGAACUGUUUUGUCGUGCAGGCCAGAAUAAAGGUUUAGAUCACCCAUAUUUUCGCGAUGCCUCUGCAUCCAGCCAUGUAUAUUGUUUUUAUUUUAUUUGCCUUGGUAUUGACAACAACUGACAUGUAUAUGUUUUUAUCCUGUGCAUGUUAUAUAUGCACGUUUGUCCCCAAAUACCUUUGCCGGAAAAAUAUCUUGAGAAAACAAUUGGCAGCAACAUCUGUGGAUUGACGAUUGUUUCUUUGGCAAAUAAAACCACAAACUAUCCACAUGAGCGGAUACCACUGAGGUUAAGUGGGAAAAUAUAUAUAUUUUUAAAGUGAUGUGGGUGAAGUAAUGUUUGAAGUCAGUGGAAAAACUAUAGGGCAGGUAAUGUUACAGAAAACAAACUCCAUUUCCUGGUCACAUUGUGGGAUUUCCAUUUCGAGGACUAAGGGAAGAUUAACUGCCCUUCAUUCAGCCAAGUGAUGUUUUGUUAAUAUGAUGUUUGGAGUAUACUUAGUAUCCUGAAAACUGGCGCAUUUUAUUCUCCUUUAAGGGAAGUGUUAUCAUUGUUAAUAAUGCACAUCAUAUUCCAUCUACCUUAGAUAGCAAAUUGACGAUAUUUAAGUGAAUAUUAUUAUUAUCCUUUCAUAUAAUGAGCUUGUGUGACACUGUUCCAAAUGACUGUUUUUGUAAAGGCACAACAUUGAUUUCUGUUGUAUGUUGAAAAAGUCCAUUUCACCAAGUAAUACACAAAGAUAAACAACAAGGGUUGUGGUUUCCUGCAACAUGCAUUGUGCUUCCAGUCUGUAAUGCAACUUUUUGCAAUGCUCUGCUUCCAUCUCCUGGACGUAAAUUGCAAAAGGCCCCCUACUGAUAUUUCAUGCUUAGAAUAAUUCAUCUGACACACUAUGAAAUAUACAAGAUGAACUUGCAUCAGAUUAAUUACACACAGUGCUGUGUACUUGCAGUUUAACCGCAGGAGAUGCUGACAAAAAAAAACAAAUAAUUUUUUUAACUCAAUAUUUUUGGAGUGAAAUGUGCA